AUCACUCGUUGGAAGAUAAACGGCGGAUGCAGAGGUUAUUAUGACAAUCUUGACAGUAUGGAAUAUUUUUUUAUGAACGUAUGCGAUGCUUCGUGCGGAAGGCGGGAAGCUCUUGCUCCCCGCCUGCAAUCCGAAGUAAUUGAGUCGUGCUGAAUUGAAGUCUUUCUGAGUUUGCCAGUAGAGGAGAUUAUACGCAAAGCCUGUAUUUGACGACUGGAACGCUCUCGGCAACUGGCCACAGCAGAACACGUGGUCCAGAUGAUAAGUGCAGACAUUCUGUCGAAGUAGACUAGCUGUAUUGGUAAUCCUUUUCACUGUAUUGGAUUGUCCAGUUUCCGGGUCGACCCACUGGGCACAAAGAAAAUAUCGUUGAUUUCGAUAGGAAAUUUCUGGUGCUGAUAGUGCGUAGACUUCUCGUCUUUGGAAGACAGAGUAAACUGGAAGGCAGGAGAGCAAGUUUCAAGAUAUUGAUUGUUUCUGCGCUUCUCACCUUCAACUCGCCUGUCUACCCAUUUUGUCUCAAUCUCAGAAAGAGACAUAAAGCCGGAAAACAUUCUUCUGGACAAGAAUUACGACGCAAAGAUUGCCGACUUUGGACUCGUCCGGCCCGCUAAUGAUUCAAAUCACACUCUAUUCACCAUGAACAUUGGAGGAACGAGGGGCUACUUUUCACCAGAGUAUGCACUAGAAGGCGUCGUUUCCGAGAAACUGGAUGUGUAUAGCUUUGGUGUUGUCUUGCUGGAUAUCGUUGCUGGAAGACCGUGCAUCGAUCUGAAGUUGCCACAGGAACAAAGUAUUCUACGCUCCUGGGCUAUAACGUUGUACACGGAAGGCAAGGUUUUGAACUUGGUCGAUAAAAGACUGGAGGGCAAUUACGACGAAGAAGAAGUCAUGCUCGUGGUGGACAUGGCUCUAUCUUGUCUGCAAACACAUCCCAAGAAACGCGCAACGAUGUCUCAACUGGUGAACGUUCUCAUGAAGAACUCAAAUGCAAGUGUAGCUGUGGACAUCGUCAACGAGUUAAAAAUCCAGACACCAAACUUGUUGAGCAUACCAGAGGACCAACACUACGUGGACACCUAUCCUAGUAGACAAGGCGUUCAAGGAGAAUCAGUCGAACAUGCUUUAAUGUCAUCAUUUGCCACCGAUUCACAAGCCUCGGUUAUGGUGCCUCGAUAGUGCGUACGUGAGCUCAUGCAGUAUCUCAAGUUCCUAGAUUAGGUCUUCAGUACCCUAUGUUCUCUUCCAGAUAUCUCAAUUGAGAUCACCUUUGCGUGUGCCCUUGAGCCACUGACGUAGGGAGAUCAGUGAUUACCUUGAACAAGAGUUCAUUUAUGCUCCGUCUAAUUUCAAGCAACUGUAUUCCGAUCGUGAGUUAUACAAGGGUCACAUACUUUAUUACUCUAUGUAAUUUCAAGCAUCUGCAUAACGUAUUCGUAAAACUUGCUAGUUAGAUUAGUUAGUUGCUAGUUGCUAGCUAGCUACUACUUUUCAAUUUAGAUUCUGGAUUGAACACUGCCUCAUAUAGAAACCUGACUGAUGCAUGAGAGGAAAAGUAUAAAUCUGAAAUUAGAAAUUUUAAUGUGAACUGAUUAGCAUUUUUAAAGUCUUCAAAUAUGAAUGCAUGAGUCAUCAUUGUAGUCAUUCUUGACCAUGAAAAGACUCCACUCUGGAUGGCAAUAAAUACUUAUUAAAACUCC